AUGUCAGCUGAUAGGGAACCUCGUCACAGCGAUGCUGCUGCUGCUGCUGCUGCUACUGCUACUGUUGUUGUCGACGAGACGAUUGCGGUAGAUACUACCCAUCAGUCGACCGAUGCCAAGAAGCAAAAAGAUAACAAACAGCCUUCGAGCUCGUCACAAAUCUUCACCUAUCUCAAUCUUCUCUUCCGCACAAAGCCAGCAUGGGUCGACAUCAUACUCGUCCUGGUAGGCACCAUCUCCGCAAUCGGGGCCGGAACGCCAACGCCGCUCAUCGGUAUCGUUCUCGGUAACUUGAUGGAUGAUCUGAACAGCGCCAGCUGCACAAGCAGUGAUAGCAGCGAUCCGUACGCCAUCGAGUCCAGUGUCAACUCGUCCGUCAAGCUGCUCGUCAUCAUCGCGGCGGCACAAUUCUGUCUCAUUUACAUCUAUGCCGUGUGCUGGCGGCUUCAGAGCGAGCGACUGACGCACCGCCUCCGCGAUGCCUAUUUCCGGUCCGUCUUGGCGCACGAGCCAGCCUUCUUUGACAACAGGAGCGCAGGAGAAGUCUCGUCGAGAUUGAGCGCCGAUUGCGCCGCCGUCCAGGCCGGCACUUCGGAAAAGGUCGGCACCGUCAUCGGCCAAAUCUCCUUCUUCUGCACCUCUUUUAUUGUUGCGUUUGUACGUUUGCCGGUCCUGGCGGGGAUCAUGACGUGCAUCUUUCCCGCCUUUGUCGCCAUGUCUUGGCUCACGGGCGGCCCCUUGGUCAAGUUCUCCGGCCGUGUGAUGGAGGCUUCGGCCUCUGCUGCGUCGAUUGCUUCCGAGGCACUCAACAACGUGGCUGUUGUGCAAGCGUUCGGGGCCGGCCCGAGACUCGAGGCCAAGUUCGCAUCACACAUGGCUUCCUCGAGAACCGCCGGAAUCAAGAAGGCCUUUGUGGCUUCACUUCAAGCGGGCUCAAUCUACUUCAUCAGCUACUGCGCCAACUCGCUUGCUUACUGGCAGGGCAGUCGUAUGAUUGCCGAUUCACAAAUUCAUGGGGGUGAUGCCACCGUCGGAAAGGUCUUUACGGUUGUAUUCUUGGUUGUCGAUGCUUGCAUCGUUUUUGGCGGUGUUACUCCAAUGCUUCCAAUCUUUAGCGGUGCCUCAUCUGCCUACCUGCGGCUCAAGGCAGACAUGGAUCAGCCCAGCUCCAUCGACGGCACCGAUGACUCUGGCGAUCGACUACCACACGACACGCCGGGUGCCAUAGAACUCCAAGGAGUAUCCUUCUCAUACCCCUCAAGACCGGAGCAGCUCGCUCUGAGUGAUGUCAACCUUUAUUUCCCUGCUGGGAAACACACCGCGCUCGUUGGUCUCUCUGGCAGCGGCAAGUCCACAGUGGCGGCGCUCGUCUCUCGCCUGUACGACCCCCUAAGUGGGACCAUCACAUUCGACGGCGUCGAUAUCCGUCAACUCAACGUCAGCAACCUUCGCAGCUUCAUCAGUCUGGUACAACAGGAAGCGCCCCUAUUCGAUCGAUCCGUGCUCGAGAACAUUGCUCUGGGCCUCGUCAACUCUCCCGCUCCCGCCCACGAAAAGUUCAAACCCAUCCUGAACAGCCCCAUCCUUGCCAACCUCGUCGCCAACGGGGACAAAGACGUCCUUGAGGUCGCGCGCGGCCAGGACCCCGACCUGGCCGAGCUUGUGGAGCUCGUAUAUGCAGCGGCACAGCUUGCGGACGCUACCUUCAUCGACAGCUUCGACAACGGCUACAGCACCCAGGUCGGCGUGGGCGGCAAGCUUGUCAGUGGUGGGCAGCGCCAGCGGAUCGCAUUGGCACGAGCACUCGUCCGUGAUCCAAGGGUCUUGGUCUUGGAUGAGGCAACGGCGGCUUUGGAUUCGGCUAGUGAGAGACGAAUCCAGGUCGCCAUCGACCGCGUGGCUGCUGCUGGUGGCCGGACUGUCAUUUCGAUUGCCCACAGGCUCUCCACCAUUCGAAAUGCGGACAACAUUGUGGUCAUGCGAGAUGGUAGGGUAGUGGAACAGGGCGCAUACACGGAUCUAGUCACCUCUGGUGGUGCAUUUGCUGCCAUGGUAAAUCUCCAGGGCAUCGGCUCGGGUGAUGACCACGACAGCGUCUUGUCUUCAGGCAGCACAUUCAUUGACGCAAAAGGUGCUGAUGCGUUUGUGUCGGUAAAAGAGCAAGAUCAUCCAAUUCAGUCUGAGCGCUCUAGUGAGCAAGCCGAGAAGUCACCGAUCCCCGCAGACUCAGACAACGAGAAGAAUGAGGCUCCUGCGGACAAGGACUCCGAUAAGCCUGCAUCAGAGGUCGUCAAGGGGCUCGGCUGGCUUGUUCGACCAAGCAUAUGGUGGCUAAUCAUGGGUAUCAUUGGUGCCGCCAUCGUCGGUUGCGCAUUCAGCGCAUCGGGUCUUCUCGUCGGAAACACUCUUGCUCUUCUUAAUCCCUGUACCACUACCCCUGACGGUGUUUUGAGGUUUGGUCAACUUUUCGGUGGGCUGAUUUUCAUGCUUGCCUUUGUCGAACUGGUCGCCAAUGUGGGCAGCUGGCUUGGAUUCGGUGUCGUCUCCGAGAACAUUCUUUACAAGACCAAAGUGUUGUCCCUGCGGGCAUUGAUGGGUCAGACUGUGGAGUGGCACCAGUCCGAGGGACGCACGCCCGCCUCUCUGCUCUCCAUCAUCACCAAAGACGGCGCCGCCCUUCAGGGAUUCAGUGGCUCCAUCGUGGGCACUCUGCUGUCGAUCCUGGUGAACUUUUUGUUUGCCGUAAUUCUUUCCCAUAUCCUAGCUUGGAAGAUCGCCCUGGUCUGUCUGGCGGUUGUUCCGAUUCUCCUAGGUGCGGGCGUCAUGCAGUAUCAUGCAUUCGCCCGCUUCGACGAGAAGCAUGAAAAGGCCUACGCCAGCGCCAUUGGAAUCACGGUCGAGGCAGUCAACUCGAUGAAGACGGUUGCUAGUUUGUCUCUGGAGAAGGAGCUGAUUGGGACUUAUCGUCGCAUGCUCAAAGGCCCUCAGAGAGACAUCCUCAAGGCUAGUUUGCACACGAACAUCUGGCUUUCGGUUGCCAACAGCACCGGCUACUUUGUCAAUGGCCUGGUUUACUGGUGGGGAUCUCAGCUCAUCAUGAGGGGAGAGUACACCCAGAGCCAGUUCUUCACAGUCAACAUCGCCCUCUUGGUGAGCGCGAACCUUUGGGGUCACACGUUUGCUCUCGCCCCUGAGAUUUCACGCGCCAAGGCUUCCGCCUCAAGGAUCCUCGGUCUGAUCGACCUGAAUCCCAAUCGUGACCUGGCCCUCCCCAAGAAGGGCAGCAGCGCCGGCGAGAAGCAGAAACAGAAAGACGUCGAGGCGUCCGCCGAGCCCAAGUCCCCAUCGCCGGCGACGAUGCUAUUAUCCGAGGGCGAGAACCGCGGCGUCGCCAUCACCUUCCGCGACGUAUCCUUCGCCUACCCCACCCGACAAAACGUACCCAUCCUCAACGGGUGCAACUUCACCAUCAACCCCGGCCAAUUCGUCGGCCUGGUCGGCCCGUCUGGCGCGGGCAAAUCCACCAUACUAGCGCUGAUGCAGCGGCUGUACUUGCCGAGCUCGGGCGCCAUCGCUAUCGACGGCGUCGACCUGAGCAGCGCGGCGGGCCGGCACGCGUUCCGCGACGACGUGGCCGUCGUGCCGCAGGACAACGCGCUGUUCGACGGCACGGUGCGCUUCAACGUCGGGCUGGGCGCGCGGCCGGGCCAGGAGGCGACCGACGCCGAGAUCGAGGAGGCGUGCCGCCUCGCCAACCUGCACGACACCAUCGUCGACACCCUGCCCGACGGCUACGACACCGAGUGCGGGCCCAACGGCAGCCGGCUCAGCGGCGGCCAGCGCCAGAGGCUGGCCAUUGCGCGCGCCCUCGUCCGCCGGCCCAGGCUGCUGCUGCUCGACGAGAGCACGUCGGCGCUGGACGCGGAGAGCGAGGCCGCGCUGCAGGAGGGGCUGGAGAGGGUCGCGAGGGGCAUCACCGUCGUCGCCAUCACGCAUCGCCUGCACACUGUCCAAAAGGCUGAUGUUAUACUUGUGGUUGAGGGAGGUAGGGUCGUGGAGAGGGGCUCGCACAGAGAGCUUCUGGAGAGGAGCGAGAGCUAUCGUGUCAAUGCCAUGCAGCAGAUGCUGCAGUGA